AUGAAUCUAUUGCGAAAUCAAGAUUCGUCAUCGAUUGAUGAUAGAAAACCAUCAAGUUUGAAUGAUCGCUUUAAAUUUUCAUUACAUAGUAAAUAUUUUUCACGUUGCUUAACAAUCUUACCAUCGCACACGAGUUCAUUAGACAAUAGUCGGGUAACAGUCGCAUUUUAUAGUAUAGCUGGCCUUGACAUACUUCGUGCAUUGCCUCUAUCAUUACCGUAUCCAGCAACUGAAUUAAUAUCAUGGAUAUAUAGUUUACAAUCAAUUACCGAUUCAAAUGUAAGUGGUUUUCGUGGUUCGUCAUGUGCAAUUUCAUUACGAACAACACCCAAUCCUUAUGAUCAUACACACAUUACAAUGACGAUGACGGCGCUGUUAUCGCUUUUACUAUUAGGUGACAAUUUUGAAAAUGUUCAACGUGAUAAAAUUGCGUCAUCACUUGCUCGUCUACAGUUACCAACAGGUGCGUUCUUACCUACAGUUUUAUCAACAGAAAGUGAUUUACGUUUUGUUUAUUGUGCAUGUGUUGUUGCAUUCAUUUUAAAUAAUUGGUCUGGUAUUAAUAAAGAUGCAUGUACAAAUUUUAUUCUUCAAUGUCAAACAUAUGAGUAUGCUUUUGGACAAGUACCUGGUGCUGAAGCUCACGGUGGUUCAACAUUUUGUGCUGUAGCUGCAUUAUCAUUGAUGGGUCGUUUAAAAGAUUUCGAACAUCAAGAUGAUCUUGUUCGCUGGUGUUUACAACGACAAACAGAAGGUUUCAAUGGUCGACCAAGUAAAGCCGAUGACUCGUGUUAUUCAUGGUGGAUUGGUGCAACAUUGAAAUUAUGCAAGAAAGAAAAUUUAAUAAAUUUUGACGAAAAUCAAAAAUUUCUACAUGCAACUGAAUCACAAGAAACCGGUGGAUUUAGUAAACUACCUGAUUCGUCAGCUGAUCCGUUGCAUUCAUACUUGAGUUUAGCUAGUUUAUCAUUGAUUUAUCAUGAAAAUUUAAAACCUAUACACCCGGCUUUGAUUAUUUCUAUGGAUUCUGUUGAAAGACUUGAAACAAUGCUACAUGCAAAAUGGAGCAGAUGA